AUGGAACAAGCAGAGAAAUGCUUUGAAAAUGUCAAUGGAUCCUGCACGAGAACUCCCCGCACACUGGUUGAACAGACUACAUUAUAUGUUAUAUUAAUUUUUGGUGAUGCUGUCUGCAUUAGUGGAAACUUGAUAGUUGUCAUUUCAGUUUCUUACUUUAAGCAGCUACAUUCUCCCACUCAUUUUCUGCUUCUGUCAUUAGCUUUUGCUGACUUUCUUUUAGGGCUAUUUGUACUUCCAUUUAUUAUCAUAAGAUUUAUUGAAUCCUGCUGGUAUUUUGGGGAAGAAUUUUGUAGAUUUCACACCUCUGUGGAUGGGACCUGCACAUUGGCGUCAAUUUUUCAUCUUUGUUUUAUUUCCAUGGAUCGUUACUUUGCACUCAGUAACCCUUUGACUUACCAUUUAAAAUGUUCUUCUUCAGUUUUGAGUAUUCUGAUAUGUUUAGGUUGGCUCCUACCUAUAACCUAUUCACUUGUGCUGACUUACUUCAGUGCAUAUGUUGAUGGACAGCAUGAUUUUAUUGCCACUCUCCCAUGUAAAGGAAGUUGUCAGGUACAGUUUAAUAAAUCCUGGGCUGUAGCAAACUUGCUGAUUUAUUUCAUUCCUUUUUUUGUAAUGAUAGGGAUGUACUCUAAAGUUUUUGUCAUUGCAAAGAGACAAGCUAGGCUCACAGAAACUGUAACAGGGAUAACAGUCACAAUGGAAAAAUAUAGUAGCCGAGUAGCAAAAAGAGAGAAAAAGGCUGCCAAAACAUUAGGUAUUGCUGUUGCAGCAUUUACAGUAUGCUGGAUGCCAAUUUUUUUAGAUAUUGCAGUUGACACUUUUUUCAAUGUUUCAACACCAGUAGAUUUAGUUCAAGCUUUUUUAUGGAUUUCUUAUUUCAACUCAGCACUGAAUCCAUUAAUCUAUGCUUUCUUUUUUCCUUGGUUUCGUGAAACAGUCAAGCUUAUUGUAACGUGCAAGAUAUUGGAAUCUGAUUGCUCUGAUGUAAAUCUAUUCAGUGAAUAA